AUGUAUAAGUACAUAUCGGUCACUUGCUUCUACAUCGGAGCUCUUCCCGAGUCAGCAACAUCGAUUAUGGGUGAUGUGUCAAAGCAGCUGUCGUGGUCCAUGCCUCCAGAAAAAGUUUGUGAUAAAUUGAAAUCCAAGGACGCACAAAUUUGCGAACUCAAGUAUGAUAAACCAUUGGAUUGGAGUAAAAUUGACUUGAAGAAAAUGCGUGUUAAGGAAUUGAAGAAUAUUCUUAACGAAUGGGGAGAGGAUUGCAAAGGAUGUACUGAGAAAUCUGAAUUCGUCAAGAGGAUCGAGGAGUUGAAGCCAAAAUAUGUGAAGGAAGAGCUGUAG